AUGAGUUCACCUCACGUAACCUUAGACUUCGAAGCGCUGCGCAGCCAGGUCGCCAGCAUCGUGGUUAAGGUCGCGAAGUCGCGGCCCGCGGUGAUCGCGGGAGAGAACAGCUGGUUCCGCGCGCGCCGCAUCAACGGCAUCUUGUUGGUGAUCGAAAUCGAUGAAGCCGGGGGCUACGUGUACAUCGGCAACGAAGAUCGUGUGGACUUCUUGGUGAACGUCGAGCGGCGUGAGGCCGAUCAGUCGAAUGAACAGCAUGAUGAAGAUGUAAUCAUGACUGAUGCCCCGCCGAUUCAACCGGCCGAGGGGGGAAUUGUGUUUACUAAAAUCUAUUCGGGAGGAAUAGAAUCACUCACUAGAGAAUUGAAUGAAUUGACUAUUGCCCCUCACCGAACGUUCUGCGUUGAGAACACCCAAGUGGGAGAGACAUCUGAGGAUGUUCAGAUGGCCAACAGUGACUGGUAA